AUGAGCAAGGACAAGCAGAGCAAACAGGUGCCGGACUUCACGGGACCCUUGCCCCCGCCUUUAGGCCGCAAACCGCCCAGAAUGCCCAAAUGCUCCCGCUGCAGGAACCACGGCUACGUGUCUCCACUGAAAGGACACAAGCGCUACUGCAACUGGAAGGACUGCCAGUGUCUCAAGUGCAAACUGAUAGUGGAGAGGCAGAGAGUCAUGGCUGCACAGGUUGCCCUGAGGAGGCAGCAGGCUCAGGAGGAGGAGCUUGGUAUUUGCAGUCCAGUCACUCUCCCUGUGCCUGAGUUAAAUGUAAAGAAUGAAGCUGGAGCUGAAUUCUCAUUCUCUGUGGAUGGACAAUCCCUGACACCUACCAGCAGCUCAUCCAAUUCUUCUCAAGCUGGGACAGCGAGUCGCUCGCUGUCGUCCUCCAGCCCUUCAGCCACUGUCAGGGCUCAUACUGAGGGAUCAUCCAACCCCUAUAACAACUUUUACCAACCUUCACGCUACCCCACCUACUACAGCAACCUCUACAACUACCAGCAAUACCAGCAGAAGUCUCUUGGUGACGGCUGCCUGCCGAGCCACAACAUGUCCUCCCAGUACUGCAUGCAUUCCUUCUACCCAGCCGCCACCUACCUGACCCAGGGCCUGGGCUCCACCACCUGUGUGCCGCCCAUCUAUAGCCUGGAGGGCAGCAAUAACAACAACAAUAACAACAACAGCAACAACUACAACCUAUCUGAGACCAUGGCAGCAUCCUUUUCACCCAGCAGCAUCAUCACUGGUCACAACUCCACCAUGAACUACAGGCCCGUCAACUCCGUGGAUGUCAAGGCCGAGUGUGAGAUCAGCUUCACUGUCAACUCCGUCUUUGACAGUGAAGCAACCGAAUAAAGAAGCUAAGAGUACGAUAAAAGCCUGAUGAGAUUAGUUGAAAAAAACAACAACAAAACAAAACAAAUUCCAUAGUUCACUGUUGCUUCUUGUUCCUCUUUCUCUGUAUUUUGGAUUGUGUAGUUUUAGUUCAGUUUACACUAAAGCUGUUUAAUCUAGUCUUGGUGCCAGUUCAUCAGAAAAGAAAGUUUGGAAGGAGCAAUUUUACAGAAAGUCAAAACCUGUUUUAUAUGCCAAGUUAAUGAAAAGGUUAAAAACUGACGUGAGCUUGAAUAACUCUAAUUCACACAUUUGUGUCAACAUUGCACCUAUAGUGCACUCACCGGCACAAAUGAUUGGACGUGAAUGAUGACUGUGCAUUUGUUGAGUUGUUUGUCUGUUGCAGAGACCAACUGUUCAUUGUUUUAAUAACAUCGGUGCCUUUUUUUGUUAUUCAAACAACUAAUGAAUGUGUUAUACAGCGUAGUAAAAGUGCUUUGUAGCUCACAGCACGUGGAAUAGUGCAGUUUUCACACAGUAUCAAACUUUUCAUUAAUUAUCUGUGAUAUGAGUGGAUUUUGACAAUCAGAGAUUCUUUUAAUGGUCAAACUAGAGUUACUGUUUCUGUGCAAAUGUACGUCCUCUUACGUACCUGAAAAUGUUGCCUGUGCAAUUUGGUGAAAGUCAGUAUUAUUUUAUGACAUGCAGUGCAUUGAGUAAACUUAAAUUUACCCAUUAAACCCAGUCACAUUAGUGCUUUCCAAGUUAAAAAAAAAAAAAAAAACAAUCAAUGAAUUACAGGGUUGACAAACUAAAUUGACUAUUUUAAUAAUCGAUUCAUAGUUUGAAUCUUUUUUCAGCUUUUUCAAUCAGCUUUGCCAAUGUCUUUCUCAUUAUAAACUAUAAAUAUCCCUGUAUUUUAAACAGAAACACUGUGACUGUCUUUUUAGUGGCUAUGUUCAUGUGACACCAAUAAACAGAUUAUAAACUGUUUGUGAGUUAGUGUAUAUGUAAGUAAGUAUAGAUUAUCAACUUCAUAACACAUGUCCUAAACAGAUUAUUACUUAUUUUAAGUAUGAAUAACCUUAUUCAGGUAAUUUCUUUUUAUCUAAAGUCCAUAUUAACCCUAACCCAUGUUGACCAACAUUCUGAGAAAAGUCUCUUAACAAUGUCUACUUUUAAGCCACUUCAACUCAGAGAUUUAUGCUAAGACGCAGUUAUUUAUCCCUUAACUUCCGAUUUUGAAGCUGCUCAUAUGGCGUACGAAUUCAAGUUUAUAUCAGUUUAAAUUUCAGAGACAUUGAGACGUCCUCCUGUAGCAUGAGUGUGACUCAGGCAUUAGCAGAGAAGGAGAUUAAAAGAAAAUCAAGCAGACAGGUGAGAUGUGAAUCAUAUGUCAUAUCCUGUGUCGUGUUGGCGUGUGAUGAAGACUGGCUGCUUAUUUUUUAUGGCACAAGUUCAUCCGCUUUCAUUCAUUCCAGAGGAUUUUACAACUGAGAGACAUCGCAGAGGCUGAGGUGCUGGAGAUUCAUUCAUUGGGUCAAUCCUUCUGCAACUAGUUUAAUAAUCCGAUAAGAACUGUGUUAGAGAAUUAACAUUUGCCUCAAACAGCAAUAAACCCAAAACAAACCACUUUGUCCACAUUGUGCGGUUUUAUUGUUUUAAGUGUUAAUUUAAAAACCCACUCAAGAAAAGUGAAAACUCCUCUGCCACUAUGAAGCCGACUGGUACGCCGCUGUAGUGCACAGUACAUUGUUUAUGUGUUUAUGAAAAUCCAUUUAAUUUGGAAGUGCGUGCUUUCGAAAGUGUUUAUUUGUGUUUGUGUUUGCAUAAGGCGGCAACAGCGGUCAUUUGGAGCUGUGGUUUUAUAUCGCUACAAGUUUUAAAGGGGAGAUAAAAUCGCUCUAAGUGAUGGAGUGUAAAUGUGAUGCUGAGAACAACAAUAUAAAGCAGACUAAGAAAAUUACUUGUAUUUUCUUCCUGCUGCAGUGGGAACAUUCAUUGGCUUCUGCCCCAUCUAUUGUAAUCAAUAACGUGACCAUCUUGUUUUUUUAUGAAACGCACUUACUCUUAAUUUCAUCCACCAGUGGUUUUAGA